AUGGUGACGAACGGCUCCGCGUCCUUGCGAUACCACACGUUCGAUGAACUUGAUGAGAUCUAUGCAAGGCUGCGGAAGACGUUCCAGGCGGGGACGACUCGACCUCUAGCCUAUCGCCGCCGGCAGCUUCUGCAGCUCGCCCGUCUCAUUCAGGACAAUGCGUCUGCAAUGCAGGACGCGGUUUUCGAGGAUCUCGCCAGGGCGAGGCAGGAAACGGUGGUAUCUGAGCUCGGUUCGGUCAUCGCGCAGUGCCUGUACGCCGCGGAGCACCUCGAGGAGUGGGCGAAACCAAAGGAAGUACAGGGAGAGGCCUGGCGCAGUCAUUGGAACCCGACCACGUACAAAGUGCCGAAGGGCGUGGUGCUUAUCAUUGGGCCUUGGAACUACCCGUACAUCCUCACGCUCGGUCCUCUGGUUGGUGCGCUCGCCGCCGGGUGUCCUUGCGUGGUAAAGGGAUCGGAGCUUGCGCCAACGGUCGCGCAACUGCUCACCGAUCUCUUUCCCAGGUAUCUCGAUCCAAACGCUUACGUCUUCGUGAACGGAGCCAUCCCGGAGACGACCCACCUGCUCAGUUCGAGAUGGGACCAUAUAAUGUUUACCGGCGGCGGCAAGGCAGGGCGCAUCGUCUCCGCGGCUGCGGCGAAGCACGUCACUCCCGUGACGCUCGAGCUCGGGGGCAAGUCGCCCGUGGUCAUCGCUGAAGACGCCGACAUCGAGCUGGCCGCGAAGCGUAUCCUCUGGGGCAAGCUGCAGAACUCUGGACAGCUAUGCGUCUCUCCAGACCACAUUUACGUUCCUCGAUCCAAACAAGAUGCGUUAAUCGCAGCGCUCCUCAAGAUGUACAACAUGUUCUGGCCCAAUGGGCCUUUUCACGAAGACGCACAGUGGGGCAAGAUCAUCAAUCCCACAUACCACGCACGCCUCAAGUCGCUUUUGGACCGCACGAAGGGCGAUAUCGUGAUCGGCGGGUACUACGACGGCGAUCGCAGGAUCGCCCCGACCAUCGUCAAGAACGUCACGCUAGACGAUGCGCUGAUGGAAGAGUGCCGAAGCGAACUCUUCGGGCCGAUUUUGCCCAUCAAUGCGGUGGAAGACCUGGAUGAGGCGAUUCGGUUGGUGAAUAGACAACCAACGCCUUUAGCACUCUAUGCCUUCACGAACAGUAAGGACACGGAAGAGAAACUACUGGAAAGCACGAAGAGCGGUGCUCUGGUCGUGAAUGACACCUUCAGUCAUCUAGCCGUCUAUGAGAUGCCAUUUGGUGGGCAAGGUGAUUCAGGAUAUGGCUCCUGGUAUGGCAAAGCCAGCUUCGACACCUUCACGCACCUGCGAGGCUUCGUGCAUGUUCUAAACGCCGGCGAGCCACACAUGGCGAAUCGGUACCCUCCGUACACAGACGCGAAGUACGAUGCGAUGUCGGGCGGUAUUAAUGUGAAGAUCCCAGACAACUGA